GCGUAAUAAUUUACAACGUAAUUUACAUUGGAUUACCAAGUAGUGGAUUACCACAUACUAGAAAGGGCUGUUAAGACUCUAGGACCAGUCCGAAGACACAAAAUGGAGUACAAGUCAAUAUACUCUUCCCGAAUCUGAAGCCUGUUGAAGAGGAGAGGAACUUUUCAAUGGCUGAUGGUCAGUUAUCUCAGACUAUCAAUGACAUCGCGGAGGAUCUGAGCUCGGAGGACUGCAAGAGGCUGGUGUACCUGUGCAGCGACCUGCACGGGGACAGGUGUGUGGAGGACGUGCGCGGGAUGCUGAGGGCUCUGCUGAGCAGCGGCGACCUGGAUCACGUGAUUCUGCUGGAGCUGAUGCUGCGAAUCAAGCGCUACGACAUUCUGAAGAGAGUCCUGCGCACCGAUAAACGCCAAGCCGAAGGGAUUCUGCAAAACGGAUGCGUAGUGUCAGAAUACAGAGUGCUGAUGGCUGACCUCAGUGAGGACAUGGGGAAGGAAGACCUGCAGUCCUUGAUCUUCCUGCUGAGUGACACCCUCCCGAGGGGCAGGCUGGAGAAAGCUACGAGUUUUCUGGAUGUGGUGGUUGAGCUGGAGAAGUUGGAGCAGGUGUCCAGUGAGAAGGUGGACCUGAUAGAACAGUAUCUGUGGGCCAUCCGCAGAGUAGACCUGGCCAAGAAGGUCCAACGCUACCAGAGCAAAGGAAAAGGCUCUCAGCCAGGUACCAGCGUCCCCAGACCAAUGGAAAAAAAGCAGUGUCUGCCGAAGAUUCAGCCCCGAACAACACUGCUGCCCACCCCCGUGUCACGCACCGGCUCGCAUCACCGGCCCAAACCCCAGGCUCCAGAGAACUUGAAGCUUGCGGUUCCUGAAACAGGAAGACAGUGCUGUCAGGGCCCUGUGGAGGCGUACCCGAUGCAGACGGAGCCCCGUGGUGUGUGUGUCAUCAUCGACUGCGUUGGCAGCGAUGGAGACAUGCUGGAGCAGACGUUCAGCCGGCUGCGUUUCAGCGUAACUCUGCGGAAGUGGCUGGGUGUGGUGGAGAUGCAGUCUGUGCUGACGGAGGUGUCCUGCUGCAGCCAGCUGCAGAGAGGCGACGCCUUCGUGUGCUGCCUCCUGAGCCGGGCCCGCGGCGCCGAGCUGCUGGGCACCGAGCUGCUGGGCACCGAGACGCAGCUCCCCGGGCUCCGCCUCGACGCCCUGCGCCACCUCUUCACCCCGCAGGCCUGCCCCGCCCUGGCCGGCAAGCCCAAGCUCUUCUUUCUGCAGAGCUACAGCGUCGCUGACCUCCCGGGCCCCUGUGGCGUCAGGGACGAGGACCUGGAGACCGACGGCCCGGCCACCGCCUGCGUCGCCAUGGAGACCGUCCCCACGGAGACCGUCCCCACGGACGCUGACGUCUUCUGGAGCCAGUGCAGGACAGAGGAGAGGCAGCUGGGCAGAGGGGGGCACCAGUCUGUGUACCUGCGAGCUCUGUGUGCUGCUCUGCUGAACGGCCACAAGAGGAAGCGCCACCUUGUGGACGUCCACACCGAGGUGAACGGCGUGGUUUACGAGCACAACCAGAGGCAGCCGGGAGAGACGUACUCCAUGCAGCUGAGGCACACACUGAGGAAGCUCCUGUUCCUGUGAGGCGGGAGAGCCUCUCACCCGGCCACAGCUCUGUGUCUCCACCCUCUGUAUUUAUUUUUAUUAUUAUAUUAUUUUAUUUAUCCUCCAUUUUACCAUGAAGGCUAAGCAAACAGUAGCAUUCACAGACCUGAUAGUAGUCACAUGGUUUGAAUUGUUAGAACCACAGACUGUUUUUUACAGAGAUAUGAAGUGAAAUGAUACAAUAUUUUGCCAUCUGAUCUCAGUGCAGCUAUGAGAUAGGGCUCUGUAGGAAUGAGGAGGAGCCCACUGACCCCAGGACUCAGCUGUGUUUCACACAGUCGGGGUGAAGAAUGUUACUGAUAGGUGAUGGAAACAGGAGAGUGCACCUGCGAGCCCGUCUGUCUUGCA